CCCAGGACCCUGCACUCACUAUAUCUGGUCUUCCAGGACCCUGCACUCACUAUAUCUGGUCUCCCAGGACCCCGCACUCACUAUAUCUGGUCUCCCAGGACCCUGCACUCACUAUAUCUGGUCUCCCAGGACCCUGCACUAACUAUAUCUGGUCUCCCAGGACCCCGCACUCACUAUAUCUGGUCUCCCCGGACCCUGCACUCACUAUAUCUGGUCUCCCAGGACCCUGCACUAACUAUAUCUGGUCUCCCAGGACCCCGCACUCACUAUAUCUGGUCUCCCAGGACCCCGCACUCACUAUAUCUGGUCUCCCAGGACCCUGCGCUAACUAUAUCUGGUCUCCCAGGACCCUGCAUUCACUAUAUCUGGUCUCCCAGGACCCCGCACUCACUAUAUCUGGUCUCCCAGGACCCUGCAUUCACUAUAUCUGGUCUCCCACAGGCCCUUCAUUCACUAUAUCUGGUCUCCCAUGGAAAUGCAAUUAUUUUA